AUGUUUUCAAAUUUUUAUAUUACAAUAAAAUUAUUAAUAAUAUUAAUAUUUUUAAAAUUUAUUCAAUCUGACUAUCAAUAUGAUUAUGAUAUGGGAUUGAUACCAGCAGCAAAAAUAAGUGCAUGGGUUCCAAUUGUUGUUGGUCUUAAUGUUACAAUAAUAAUAUUUACUUUUUGUUGUUUAAUAUCAUUAGUAGUCAAUUAUUUAUGCAAAAUAAGAAGAAGAUACAAAAAUAAUAAUGAAGAAGAGUUAAAUGAAAUUGUUAGUAUGAGUAUAAUCAAUCUAUCAAGUGUUGUUUAA